AUGUGGCGCGAUCGAACAAACCUCUUCAUCUCCUAUCGCCAGUCCUACUCGCACCAUCCCCCCGCCAAGAAGCCCCGCUACGCCGGCCCCUCGAAUGCCUACAGCGACAAUGCCGGCGGCGCGUCCGAAGAGCGGCGAGGGCUCAUGUCUGCGGGGGCGUACGACGACGACGGCGAUGCCGUCAUCGAGAUGGACGUGCUGCCGCCGCGCUGGCUGGACGUGCAGGACGAGGUGACGGAGCAGCUGGGCGACAUCGCCAAGCAGACGCGGCGCCUGGACCAGCUGCACCAGAAGCACGUGCUGCCGGGCUUCGACGACGAGGACGUCAAGAGGCGCGAGGAGCGCGAGAUUGAGCGCCUCACCCAGGACAUCACGCGCGGCUUCCAGUCGUGCCAGCGCGCCAUCAAGCGCAUCGACGCCAUGCUGCGCGAGAGCGGCUCCAUCAACAAGGGCGAGGAGGUCAUGGCGCGCAAUCUGAAGAUCUCGCUGGCCUCGCGCGUCAGCGACGUCAGCGCCACCUUUCGCAAGAAGCAGUCUGCCUAUCUCAAGAAACUGCGCACGCUCGGCGGCCUGGGCUCGCCCGCGCCCGGCAUCUCGCGCUCGACGACGCCCACGCCACAGAACCCGUACACGGACCCGGCGAUGCAAGAAUCCUACGAAGACACGUCGCUGAGCCGGACGACUUUGCAGCAGACGGCGCAGGCGCGGGCGGCGCAGCAGACGACGAGUUCGCGCACGUCCAACGACAACAUGAUUGCGCAGCGGGAGCGGGAAAUCGACGAGAUCGCGCAGGGCAUCAUCGAGCUGGCGUCGAUCUUCCAGGAGCUCAACUCGAUGGUCAUCGACCAGGGCAGCAUGCUGGACCGCAUCGACUACAACGUCGAGCGCAUGACGACGGACGUCAAGGAGGCUGACAAGGAGCUUACCGUCGCGACCAACUACCAGCGCCGCUCCGUCAAGCGCAAGGCCAUGCUGCUGCUGGCGCUGCUCAUCGCCGGCGCGUUCAUCCUCCUCGGCCUGAAGCUGGGGAGCAGAAGCAGCAGCAACACCCCUCCGCCGGUCGUCAACCCCAACCCCCCCAAUCCCCCGAAUCUGAAUCCAAACCCCCCGCCGGCACCGGGCGCGGGCGCGGGCGCGGGCGGCGUCUCCAACCCGCCCCUCCCCGAGCAGGAGAUCCCGCCCGCGGUGCUCCGCCGCAGCGCCGCGCCGCCCGCGCCCAAGCCGCUCAAGAAGGACUGGCUGCAUCGGCGGAAGCGGCGGAGGACAUGGCAGGGGCAAGGGCAGGUGCGGCGGUGA